UCGGGGCUGGCGGCUGGGGAAGGACGUGACACCUCUCCCUCCCGACACCCAGAAGUCGCACACCCAGUGGGUCUGCUCACCUGAGAGCUAGAGGAAAAGGCCACGGGGCUGAUCCGGUGCCGCCGUCCUACCAGAAUGAAAAGGAAUGCUGAGAAAUAAAUAAAGCUUUGCUCUUCUGACUUGGAUAUUUAUAAUGGGUAUCCAGAAGUCUAAAAUAGAUCGCUGCCCUGUUUCUCUCUCUUUGGGUAAAAGCCACAGUGUGGAUACAAGUCAAAGACAUCAUGAGUCAGAUUCCAAGAAACCUGAAAUCUCCCUGCAUGAUGUUGCUGAGUGUAGCAGCACCACAGAGAUGCCAACAGGAGAGCGGGAGGCAGCGGAGGGAGUGGAAGAGCUGCCUGAAGAGGACGCAGAAGAAGAGGUGUUCCUCAAAUUUGUGAUACUGCAUGCAGAAGGUGACACAAAUGAAGCCCUCCGAGUCCAGGAACUGCUACAAAAUGACUUUGGCAUCAGACCUGGAAUAAUCUUUGCUGAGAUGCCAUGUGGCAGACAGCAUUUACAGAAUUUAGAUGAUGCUGUAAAUGGAUCUGCAUGGACAAUCUUAUUAUUGACUGAAAACUUUUUAAGAGAUACCUGGUGUAAGUUCCAGUUCUAUUCAUCUCUAAUGAACUCUGUCAACAGGCAGCACAAAUACAACUCUGUGAUACCCAUGCGGCCCCUGAACAAUCCCUUGCCCCGGGAAAGGACUCCCUUUGCUUUGCGAACCAUCAAUGCCCUAGAGGAAGAAAGUCGUGGCUUUCCCACACAAGUAGAAAGAAUUUUUCAGGAGUCUGUGUAUAAGACACAGCAAACUAUAUGGAAAGAGACAAGAAAUACGGUACAAAGGCAAUUAAUUGCGUGAGAUGGAACACAGAACACAUGGCUGGCUCUUGUCUUGUGAAACAAAUGAUUUAUCUUCACUUGAGAAAGCAAUUUCCUGGAAAAGUUAAAUAAAAGAGAUCCUUAUUCUUACAGAAACAUACGGAGCAUAAGAAAGAUAAAUUUCUGCCGGACAGUCUAUAGAAUUGUGGUACUUUCUGCUGUUUUAGUAACCUUGGGAAUGUCUGAGUUUCAAGAAUUUUCCUCUCACAGUUUUCCUAGUUCAUGAAUGUGGCAAAGGAUAUUCUCAAUUCAUAGUCCUUGUAUUGAACCUUGAACAAAAACUUGUAUGAUAGACCUUUUUAAAGUGUAAUACUUCCUUUUCACUGAAUUUUGUUCUCAAAGGACACACCAAGAGAUCUGAGCACCUCCCUUUGGAGACACCUCUCCUGAAUGUUGUGAUAAAGCAUCCCCCAUAUGGUUACCCAGAAAUCUGGAUAGCUAGAAAAGAACAUAUGGAAUGUUGAGUACUGAUGAGGAUGCAAUCAGAAAUAGAUGUGAAAAUGGUGGGGCUUUUAAAAAUUCAGUCACAUGUAUUUUCUUCCUGCUGGAAUUUGCAUAUUCGGACACCAUUCCCACCACUGAUCAGCAAGCCCACUUGAUAGUGUGGCGGUCAGGGUCUCUGUGGAGCAGUGUGUCCCCUGGCGCUGGAAGGUCCCCAUGCUCGUCAUCUCUAACCAGGGCUUUAUUUGCAGAGCUUCUGAAAGGUGUAUGAUUGUGUGUCUUUGGCCAGAUGAUCAAUAACCUCUCUUAGGGUAACCUUUAAAAAUUUCUCUCAUACACAAUGCUCUAUCCAGGAAGUAUUUCUCAGUGAGGUGUUUAGAGUAGCCUGACUCUGUGUGUGUGUGUGUGUGUGUGUGUGUGUUAGAUAAUUUUCAGAGCUGGGAUAGAAGGAGAUGUGUGUUAUCUCCUCUUCUUCUAGUACCCCACACUCAUAGCAAACAAGAGAACCCCCAAGCACUGCUAUUGCUGUCCCUCACAGCUCUUCUGCCCGAGCUGAGAUGGAGGGAAAAUCCUCAAGUACAGACUGGGACAGGGUUGGGUAAGAAGCAUGUCAUGUUCUAAUGCGAAAAGCACCUGACGGGGGAUCAGGAGACCUGGUUGUAGCCCAGUCUCUGACACUGAGGAUGAAUGUGACCCUGGGCAAGGUACUACUUAUUACCCUCCCUCCCAUACCUGUGAAAUCAAAGGACUGAAUGGAUGGAUCACUAAAGGUCUUUGUUCUCUCCCGCAAUGUGAACUAGGAAACAGAAAAGGGAACAAGCAAAAAAAUAGAAUUUUAUAAGGUAAUAUAUACUGUAACAGUUGCAGGCGGCUUUAUCUAUGCUUACAAUGAAAGGGUAUUCUUCUGUGUUUUCAGCAUAAUUGAUUUCUAAAUGCUGUCCAUUAUGCUUUUAUAAUCACAGAAAAGAAUCUGCUUACUCAGGUUUUCUUUAAAUAUUUAUUUUAUAGAGACCCUUGAGCAAAGACAUUCUGCCUGAUUUUUCUUUCUCCUUAUCCCCACUUUUCUGUACCCCCUCCUAGUACGGGGAUCUACUCACAUCUUUCUGCAGCCCACCUCUUCACAGCCAUGAACCAGAAUGUUCCAUGAGGAACAUUCCCCAGUAAUCCUGCAAGUAAGUCUAACCCCCUUCUCUACUAGUACUUAUUAAAGAGGAGAUUGUUUUCAUUGCAUGGUGACAUUUUCUUAAUCUAAAGUCCCUUUCUAUCAUAGUAGCUUACUACUCACUUUUCUGUUUUAGUUUCAAUAAUAAGUUUUUUUGUUUUGUUUUGUUUUUGUCAUACUGCUUCCUGUUAUCUCAAAUUUCACAUACCAACAAAACAUUAAUCACCUACCCUUUGUGCGUACCAAACUUGGAGCAAUUGAUGCUGAAUGGUACUUCUUAAAUAAAUGUUUUUAUUCUUUACCCAUGACUCUAAACUUGAUUAUUACUACAAUGAAGAUUGUAGAAAAGUGUUUUGAAAAGAGACAUCAAUCUGUACUCUUCUGUAGAGCACGAGGCGCAAUAUCUCACUCAAUUUGGAGUUCAGAUACUUUUUAUGAUGAAAAAUGUUAAGUACCGAAUAACUGUAUAUAUUGAACUUAACAGUUGUAACAAGGGAUUAUCAAAAUAGCUAAACUGAAGAUGAAAAGAGGGAACGGUGUGGGCUUAGUUGUGUGUAUACACAUAUGUACAAAUAUAUAGAUUUUGUUUUACACACACCCUUAGGGAAAUUCUGGAAAAUUUUUCCACAUGCUGGAGAGCUUCCAUUUUGAAUAUUCUGUGGUCUUAUUGCCCACCCUGGAGCUUCACAGAAGUAUUUGAGUUGUACCUUAUGUGUCAGUUAGGACUCUUUCAGCUGUAAGAAAUAUAAUCCAAUGCACAUGUCCUACACCAUAAGGUAAACUUACCAUCCACCUUAACAAGAGGUCCGUCCCCUAAGAUAUGGUGUCUCAAAGGUGUCAUUAAAAAACUAAGUUCUUACAUACAGUGGAAUAUUGUUGCACCUUAAAACGGAAUAAAAUUCUGAUACAUGCUGCAACAUAGAUCAACCUUGAAAGCAUUAUGCUAAGUGAAUGAGAGCCAGAUACAAAAGGAUAAACACUGUGUGAUUCUACUUCUAUGAGGUACAUAGAGUAGUUAAAUUCAUAGAGACAGAAGAGUAGAGG